CUUCUCGUUUCGUCCGUGAGGCACCGUAUUUAAGGGAUCGAUAUUAGAGGUUGAAUUUCGAAUACAUCCUCUGCGGGAGUUAUGGCAGACUCUCCGAGUCAUCCUACGGAGCCAUCGAAGGUGCUUGAGCACCACGAUGUUCACCAGGAGAAAGACCUGAAGGGCUUCGAUGUCUACAGCACAGAGAGUAUGGAAGAGGCUCCCUCUCAAGAGUCUGAGCGGGUCAUCCGUGGCGCAGAAGACAUUACCAACUUGAUCAUAUCAGAUGAGGAUAAUCCUGAGCUCCCCGCAUUGACCUUCCGUUUCUGGGUCCUCGGUAUUGGACUAGCGACUUUUGGAUCCGUCCUCUCCGAAAUUUAUUUUUGGAAGCCCCAGAAUGCAAUGGUUUCGGCGCUAUUUCAAUUGAUCAUAUCUUACGUCCUAGGCAAUGCAAUGCAUUAUACUAUGCCUCAUACAGGGAUUUGGCGCCAUCUCAAUCCUGGACCGUUCAACAUCAAGGAGCAUACGUGCAUCACCAUUAUGGCGUCUACUGCGUCAACGACAGCCAAUGCUAUUGGUAUAAUAGCAACACUUGAUUUAUUUUACGGUGUGACUUUGAAUCCUGGAGCGGCAAUCUUCCAAACGUUCGCGUCGCAGUUGAUCGGAUAUGGUUUUGCUGGGCUUCUAAGAACCCUCCUCGUAUGGCCUACUUACGCACUGUUUCCGAAUCAGCUCCCGUCAAUUUCUCUUCUGCAAUCAAUGCAUUUUGGCGGUUUACUCAACCGCAAAAAGAUGAGGUACUUUUGGAUUGUCUUUUGGGCCAUCUUUUGUUGGGAAAUCAUCCCGACGUGGAUUUUCCCCCUUCUAACAGCGUUCUCUGUUAUCUGUCUGGCUGAUAACGGUCGCUCGGCUCUUGUUCGCAAUCUCUUUGGAGCGGGGUCGUCCAACGAAGGUCUAGGUCUGCUGUCAUUCAGCUUCGAUUGGACCUUGAUCACACAAGCGUAUCCUUUAUAUUGGCCUCUGCAGACUCAAGUCUCUUCCUGGAUUGGGUUGGGAUUUGGUUAUGCCCUCAUGAUUGGAUGUUAUUAUGGAGACGUGUUCCAGGGGUAUUCAAGAGGGUUGCCGUUCAUGUCAACUGCACUAUUCAGCGGUAAUGGCUCAUCAUACGACCAAUCCGCGAUUCUUGGCCCCAACAAUCAACUCGACCCGGCAAAGUAUGCUGAAGUUGGACCCCCAUUCAUGACAACAACCUAUGCAGUUUCAUUGCUGAUGACUUAUGCUUCCAUGGGAUCAGCAUUUUCCCACAUAUUCUUGUGGCACUGGAAACAGCUAUGGGAAGCUUUCAAAGGCUUCAACUUCUUAAAGUCAGGACAGGAUUUUGACGAUGUUCACUUUCAGCGGAUGAAAGUGUACAAAGAGGUUCCACAAUGGUGGUACGGUUCUAUCUUCAUCGUGUCAUUGGGCCUAGCGAUUGGUAUGGCGUAUGUUGGCGUCAACACCCUGCCAUGGUGGUCUAUCUUCGUUUUUACCGUCAUCGCAUUCGUUGUUGCCGUCAUCCUUGGUUUUAUAUAUGCUGUGACAGGGUUCCAGAUCCCUACUGGAGGUUUUGUGCAAGUCAUUGCUGCAUACGUCCAUCCUCAUCAACCGGUUCAGAACAUGUAUGCAAAGUUGUACGGUUACAACACUGGUUAUCAGACAUUAUACAUGCUCUCCGAUUUGAAACUAGGACAAUAUGCGAAAGUACCACCCAGAGCUACAUUCACUGCGCAAGUCAGCGGCACGAUUCUUGGUGCCAUUUUCAACUAUGUCCUCUACAAGUCUAUCGUAGACGCGCACAGAGUCGAUUUAAUAAACCCGAUCGGAACGCGUAUAUGGUCUGGGUGGAACUCACAAGAGAUCAACUCAGCAGCGAUUACAUGGGGCGCUCUGAGUGCGGAGCUAUACGGCCCAGGUAAAACAUACUUUCAGAUUCCUCUAGGACUUCUUUACGGGUUCCUCGCUCCUUUCCUGCUCUACACCAUGCAUUGCCUAUUCCCGAAACAACGGAUAUGGUCUUACCUCAACAUGCCGAUUAUCUUCACUUAUCUUAGUUGGCUGCCGUACUCAGUCAAUGGGAUGUGGUGGCCGGGGCUCUUCAUCGGGUUGUAUACGCAAUGGUGGGUCAGGACCAGGAAGCCAAGAUGGUACAAUAAAUACAAUUAUCUGACCUCUGCCGCCUUGGACGGAGGUUCGUCCAUCAUUUACUUCAUCCUUAAUUUUGCGGUGUUUGGGGCAAGCGGGAAUGCCAUCAGCUUCCCUACGUGGUGGGGAAAUCCGGAUCCUAAUGUUAUGAGUGUCGACCACUGCAUGGCCAGCAAUUUUUCAUGACAUAGUCACAAGUGAUUGAUCUCUCUUGUCCUGAUGAAGCAUGCUCGGUAGAGCUUCCUUGUAUGAGGAUAUUCUACAUAGUUAAGAGGUCUUAUGCUUGAAAUUUCAGUGACAAUGCGAGGGAAGAGAUAUUUCCCGGUCUUUACCAGACGUCAAUUCAUGAUGACA